AUGUCAGAAGAAAAUUUGGAGAAUUUACGUAAACAAUAUGAACAAACUCAAAGGGAAUUAGAGCAAAUACAAAAUAGAACAAAUACAACUUAUAAUAGAGUAAUUUGUUCAGUUGAACAUAUGGUUGAAAGAAAUUUAACAGAAUCUGAAAAAAGGUUUGUUAUACAACGUAUGGAUCGAGAUACUGAAAUUGCAAUGAAUAUACCUAAUAUUACAUUUACUGAACAAGUUGCAAUGCAUAGAAAAUUUAUGAAAGACAUGAUACUAAGGUUUAUGCCUGAUUGUAACAAGUGUAAUGAAAAACUUGAAAGAUUUCCAUCAACUUUUUAG